GCUUGAGACAGAGACGCGGGCACAGCCUUCCUGUGUGGUUUCAGCGCCCAGAGAGUGUCAUGGAUCUGGGAAAACCAAUGAAAAGUGUGCUGGUGGUGGCUCUCCUUGUCAUCUUCCAGGUGUGCUUGUGCCAAGAUGAAGCCACGGAUGAUUACACUGGUGACAACACCACGGUGGACUACACCUUGUUCGAAAGUGUGUGCUUUAAGAAAGACGUGCGGAAUUUUAAGGCUUGGUUCCUCCCAGUCAUGUUCUCCAUAAUUUGCUUCAUGGGCCUGCUGGGCAAUGGGCUGGUGGUGUUGACCUAUAUUUAUUUCAAGAGGCUGAAGACCAUGACUGACACCUACCUGCUCAACCUGGCUGUGGCAGACAUCCUCUUCCUCCUGGCCCUUCCCUUCUGGGCCUACAGUGCAGCCAAGUCCUGGAUCUUUGGUGGCUACUUGUGCAAGUGCAUUUUUGUCAUCUAUAAGAUCAGCUUCUUCAGUGGCAUGCUGCUACUUCUCUGCAUCAGCAUUGACCGCUAUGUGGCCAUCGUCCAGGCCGUGUCCGCCCACCGCCACCGUGCCCGCGUGCUCCUCAUCAGCAAGCUCUCCUGUGUGGCCAUCUGGGUGCUGGCCUUGUUGCUGUCCACCCCCGAGCUCCUCUACAGCGGCCUUCAGAGGAGCACCAGCGAGCACACGUGGCGAUGCUCGCUCAUCACCGAGCAUGUGGCAGCCUUGAUCACUAUCCAGGUGGCCCAAAUGGUGAUUGGUUUUCUGGUCCCCCUGCUGGCAAUGAGCUUUUGCUACCUCGUCAUCAUCCGCACCCUGCUCCAGGCACGAAACUUCGAGCGGAAUAAGGCCAUCAAGGUGAUCAUUGCUGUGGUCGUGGUCUUCAUAGUCUUCCAGCUGCCCUACAAUGGGGUGAUUCUGGCUCAGACAGUGGCCAACUUCAACAUCACCAAAAGCAGUUGCGAGCUCAGCAAGCAGCUUGAUAUUGCCUACGAUGUCACCUUCAGCCUGGCCUGUGUCCGCUGCUGUGUCAACCCUUUCUUAUAUGCCUUCAUCGGAGUCAAGUUCCGCAAUGACCUCUUCAAGCUUUUCAAGGACCUGGGCUGCCUCAGCCAGGAGCAGCUCCGGCAGUGGUCUUCGUGCCGGUACACACGGCGUGCCUCUAUGAGUGUGGAGGCUGAGACCACCACCACCUUCUCCCCAUAGGUGACUCUUCUGCUCAAACUAGAAAGACCUCUCCCAGGGUUCCUGGGGAGCAAAUGCAAUGACUCAAGACCCAUCUAAAAGCUGCUGAAAGAAGAGCAGUUCUGGCCAUUCAGGUUGACCUUUGGCCCAGGAGACAGCUAAUACCAACCCAUGCUACCUCAACCAAAGUUGGGAGAGACGUACUGAGAACCUAAUGCCAGAACCAGUAACACACCCAAACCACAGCUGUUGUCCCCAAACCAACAGCCAAAAGUGAAAGUUAAGAAACCAUCUACACCCCUGGAGUGAAGGGGAUGGGGCUGGUAGGCGCUAGGGUGGUGGAAGUCAGCUGCUGAGUCCCGUGAAUGAAACUUCUUCUGACCUAGAAAGAAGACAACCCAGAGACUCAAGGGCAGAAGAGGGCAGAGACUCAGGGGUUUUCUUCCAGAAAACUAGGCUUUGUCUCUAAGAACAAGAUGGCAGGAGACUUGUUGGCUUAUCAAGGAAAGAAAGCCAUCAACCAGUCAGACUAACCAUCUGAUUUCCUUCCUCCAUCUCUCUUUUCCGCUGUCAGUGCAAGCCACCAAGAAAUGGCAGCCUCCAAACUCUCUCAAAGCGCACCUGUGCCUCCCUGGAUGCUCCUUCUUUGCUCUCCACAGGGAGGUGGUGGUGUUUCCACAGCCUGACCAAAACCAUGGAACCACCAGGAGGAGAACAUGGGGGAAAGGUCAGGAGUGAGGGAAGGUAAAGGUGUCAGCUGCCGAAGACCAGUGAGCUUCUUCUUUGUUCUUUAUCACAAAAACAGAAAAACUCUCUUAGGUUCUGCUUUCAAUUCAUUAAGAGAGCACAUUUUACUCACACACAAAUAAAAAUUUUCCCUUGAGGAAACAACAGCUUUAAAAGAAAGGGGAAAAUUUGUUUUGCUAAAUGGCAAAUGACUGUUUCUUUGGCAAUCCCCCACACCCCACCUGACCAUCCCAUGCCCCACCACCCCAGCCUUCAGUUCUCAGAGAACUCAGAAACACGAGGUCAUUGAGCUGUGCUUUGAGCUCCUCCAAAUGACACAGCCCAGGAAGCUGAGAGGAGGAAGGAGGGUGAGGACAGGAUAUCUGUCUUGUGAACACUCUUCCAGAGCACAUGGGAUGGGACCCAGGCCUAUUCCAUCAGCAAUGAACCAGAGAAGCCACUCUGAGUAAGAUUUGGAAAGACCAAAGUAAUUUCCCAGUAACUUCUGUGUCUGGGAACUCCCUCUACCCUUACCAGCAUGGCAUUUUCAUCCUGGUCAGCUUGUCUGUCCCAGUGCAGCCAGGAAGUAGAGCCCCUGGCCCUCUCAGUCCCCUCAGCCUCCCAGCAGUGGUGUUUGAAGGGAUGGUCCCUGGGCUCAGAAGUCACAGCACUCCAGACUAAGGGGUCUAGGAUAGGACUGAUGAGACAGGAUGUAUGAGACCCUUUGCUGGAUGCUUGAUAGCUAGGAACACCCAGGACCUUCCCUACUGGUCAGUAGUAAUAAGGGUCCUCCAUGGCAUAUGUAUUAGUGAGUUCAUGCUGCCGUAACAAAAUAAAUACCACAGAGUAGAUAAUUUAUAAACAAUAGAAAUGUGUUUCUCACAGUUCUGGAGCCUGGACAAAGAGGAUAAGAGCUGAACUAGUUCCCUCCAGCCCUUUUAUAAGGACAUCAGUUCUAUUCUAUUCAUCAUUACCUAAUUACCUAAAAAGACUCUCCCUCUAAUAUCAUCACCUUGGGGUUUAAACUCCAGUUUGUGAAUGUUGAACACCACACACAUUUAAACCAUAGCAGUGUAGAUGCCCAUUGUGGAAAGCAGGGAAAGAGAACGGUGCCACACACAUGGACCAGGUGUCCAGGUCACUGGACACCCAGAGCCCUGACUUGUCCCAAACAGAGAAGUUAGUACAACUUGUGAUACCUGGGAAGGUGUCUGAACACCUGGCACCCUAAUCACUAUGGGCCUGGGGGUGAGGGGGUACUGAUACAUUUGCACAAAAAGGUGACACUAUCAAUUUUCCCAAUUGAAAAGAUCCUGGUUGAAAAUGGAGCCUGCUUGGUUAUGAUACCAUUCUCUAGUAGGCACAUUGACAGUACCUUCCUGGGGACAGGGGUGCAUUACCCUCCUCUGGAAGGAUUUUAACACAAUUUGUCAGGCAACCACCAGGCUGGGAAGUGGCACCCUCAGUAUGCAGUAGUGUUCACGGUGAUGCCAUUAAAUAUUAAAAGAUGCAGCUGUAACUGUGUUUCGGUGCACACGUGAGUCCAUAGUGAUGCCAUUGCGCAUGCGUGUUCCCAAGGGGAACCUGCCCAAGCGCGUGUGGGUGUGUGUACAUCCUAAUGAGGUUACAGAUGGGAAAA